GUAUUUGUUGUAUUUGCUGGGAAGUAAACAAAAGUUGGACAAAUGUUUAGAUUUUAAUAAUAAGAGCUAAUGCAGGAGAAUAGAUCGGAAGAUAUGGCCAGAAAAAGGUCCCGGAAAAGGAGCAAACGACGCCGACGCCGGCAGAAAAGUGAGGGGAAACCAAAACCGACACAAACAGCUCGAGAUCAGUGGACCAAUGCAGCUCAAAUAUACCAAAGCCUAUUUGAAUGGCAUCACAAUCAUGUUAUGAGUCUUUGUCCCGGAAAUAUCCGGAAUGGGGAAGAGGAAUACGAGGAUACCACUGAAACUGAAGAAGCACACUGCCUGGAUUAUGUCUACGAGAGUUCCUCGGAUGAUCAAGAGGACGAACCCAUUGACGGGGAGUAUCUGAAGUUCCUGGAGGUGACCAUAAAGCAUCAGCAGGAACUGAGAGACCUAAGAGCUGCCCAAAUCACCACCUCUUUAGAUUAGGUUUAGGAUAACAUUCGUUUCUUUUAUAAAAAAAAAACAAUUAGAACCCCACGGGUUAAAUCAAUAUUCUGCGGAACUUCUAUCUGACACGAGAAGCAGACAAACCUCCAAUGUAUACAAUUAUAUCUGCAUUUACAUUUCAUUGUUUGUAAAACUAUAUCGAUAGUUUAAAAAAAAAUAAGUUUAAAUAUACAUUUUCUCUAAUUUUGA